AGUUCUCCUACCGAUACCGACACGCGCACCGUGAGUCCUUCAGUGUAAAAGAGAAAAAGUGUUUCUUUAGAUUUCUUAUCUCUUUCUCUGGCGCCGCUGGAUCGUAGGUACAUCCGUCAAAUCAAGAGCGAUAGAACUGGGUCAAGAUGGGCAAAUACACGAUGCUGCACAACAUCAACAAGGUGUUGUGCGUUCUUCUCGAUGACGGGCGGAGCAUCAACGGCAAGCUUCUCGUUUUCGACAAACACAUGAACGUCGUACUGGGCGACGCAACCGAGGAGCGGCCGCGCUCGAAGCGGGCGAUGGAGGAGGGCACACCCGCACCGACUCGUCAGCUGGGCCUGAUACUGCUUCGCGGCGAGCAUGUGGUGUCCGUCACGGUGCUGAAGGACAGCGCAAACGGCAGUGGGGACGCGGUUAACUUUAGCAAAGCGCCGAAGUCGGCCAAGGCUGGCGCAGUCAAGCGGAAGCGCGAAGAGUAA